GCGAGGUAUUUUCUGCUUCCUGCUACUCUAGCAACGGCGGAACAUUCUCCGUUCUUCUCCGCCCCACCAUUCAUAUGCAACGCGACGGGAGGCGAUGAUGGGGAGGGAGAUAUCUCCUAUUACUCUUGCUACUCCCUUCACCACACUUUACAUCCUUGGAUCCAAGUACCUAGAACUAAUAACAAGGUGGCUGCAUCUAGUUAUUUGAAACUUCCUACACUCUCCCAAUAGAUCUCACCCAGCGAUGGGGGACCUUCAAGGACAACGGACCACUCCUGCGCCUUCAGGCAAACCAGAGGAUGUCCACGAGAAUGAAAUGACCCUAACUGUCCACCAUCGUGGAACGGACCAUGCCUUCUCUUUGUCCCCAACUUCCACCCUCCAAGAUCUCUCCGCCUCCAUAGCCGAUCGGCUCUCCAUCCCGGCCGCCAACCAGAAGCUCCUCAUAUCUCCCAAACCCGGCAUGCAAAAGCAUCCUUUUCAACCCAUUCCCCUCACUACCCUCCCGUCUUCCCUGCCUCGCUUCAAAAUCACCCUCCUCGGCAGCACCACUGCUGAAGUAGAUUCAAUCAAGGACGCCGCACCCUCAUCCCCGCGCCCCUUCGCAUCUUCUCACAUAAAGCCCGCAAAGCCCGCAAAGCCCACCCCCAACCGCCCCCCUACCUCAUUCUCCCAAUACACGUUCCACACCCUCCUCCCACUCGCACACCUUCCCAACCCCUCCCGCUCCCUAGCCUACCUAACCCGCCUCCGCGAUGACCCCGGCAUCCGCGCCGCCAUGAAAACACAUAAAUUCUCCGUCCCCCUACUGACGGAGAUGGAUCCUGCCGAACACACCACCUUCUCCUCGCGCACCCUAGGCCUAAACCGCAACAAGGGGGAAGUCAUAGAACUGCGCCUGCGCACGGACGCCUACGAUGGCUACCGCGACUACCGCACCAUCCGCAAGACGCUCUGUCACGAGCUUGCGCAUUGCGUGUUUGGCGACCAUGAUCGCGACUUUUGGGAUCUCACGGCGCAGGUUGAGAGGGAGGUGGAGAGGGCGGAUUACUGGGGUGGUGGGAAGAGGUUGACGGAUGAGGAGUUUUAUAAUCCGGCGGAUUGGGAGGAUAUGCAGACUGGGCGGGAGGGGGUGGUGGAUCAUGGUGCUUGGACGGGAGGAGAGUUUUCGUUGGGUGGGAACGGGGGAAGGGAACAGGUGGGAUUGAGUCGGAGGGAGAUUUUGGCAGAGGCAGCGGAGAGGAGGGCUGCAAUGGCGAGGAGGGAAAUGGAGGAGAAAGAGAAGGAAAUGGGAGGGGAACCAGGGUGAUGGGGAGGUGGGGUUGAGACAUGAAUUUAUGAUAUAUGGUUAUAUGUAUUCCUUUUUUUGCUCGACGCAUAAAUGACUACUUGUCAUGUGGCGGUGUUUUGUCUUUAGCCUAGAAAGACAUCGUUACUCGCACAUCCGAUUUCUUAUGCCACCUUAUACAUGGAGUCUACCUAGUCAGAAGAGAUAUAUCACAUCUUAUAUUAAUCGGGAAUCGGGCUGUCUAACUGCCCUCCUUCUUUGCUCACUGCUCAUUAAUAAACAAUCCAGCCAUCCCCUGUCCCGUCCCAACACACAUACUCGUCACCAACACCUUCUUCUUCGUCCUCCGCGCCUCACUCAAAAUCGUACAAACCUGUCUCGUCCCUGUGCAUCCCAACGGGUGGCCCAGUGCAAUAGCACCUCCCCGAGGAUUUACCUUCUCGUGAUCCAGGCCAAGCUUAUCAAUACAGUAAACAGCCAUGGAGGCAAACGCCUCGUUGAUCUCGAAGAUGUCAAUGUCUUCAUUGCGCAGAUUGUACAUUGAGAGGAGUUUGGGGAUGGCGAUGGAAGGGCCGAUACCCAUGAUGCGUGGUGGGACACCAGCGACGGUUGCGCCGACGAAUUUGGCGAGGAUGGGCUGGCCAAGUUCGAUGGCUUUGGAGCGUUUCAUGAGGAUUACCGCGGCGGCUGGUUAGUGAGAAUAAAUGUUAACGGUAUAUGCAUAAAGAACUUGAUGGGAGAAAAAAAGGGGCUACACACCUCCAUCUGUAAUCUGACUCGCAUUCCCACCCGUCGUUUUAUUGCCAAACUGCGGAAACGCAGGCCUAAUUUUACUCAAUGACUCCAGCGUCGUCCCGUACCGCGGCCCCUCGUCCUUGCUGACCACCACCUCCUCCGGACCCUUCCCAUCCUUCCCAACCUUCACCGUCGUCCGAAUCGGCACAAUCUCAUCCUCAAACCAGCCAGCCUUCUGCGCCACCUCCGCCCUCCGGAACGACUCGACGGAAUACCGAUCCUGCAUCUCGCGCGAAAUGCCAAAGUCAUCCCCGACAUUCUCGCUCGUCUGACCCAUGGGCUGCAUGCAGUCUGCCGCAUCCGGCUCCUUCAUGAUCUCCGGAUGGAAAGGUUGCGGGGUCCGGUCGGGGCCUUUGCUCAUGGACUCGGCACCCAGGGCAAUGCCGAUCUCGAUGGAGCCCUGUGCGAUCUCAUAGGCCACGCUUUGAAUUGACAUGAGGCCCGAGGAGCAGAAGCGGCUGAUAGCGGCCGCACCGGCGGUGUAGGGAAUACCAGCGGCGAGAGCAGCUGUUCGGCAUAUUGUGGAGGCUUUGGCGUUGUUUGCCUGGUGUUUAUUAGCGUAUUGAGCCCUGAUUCCCUCACUUGUAUGUACAUGGAGAUAUAUACGUACAUUCCCCAUAACAACAUCGCCAAUCAGAUUGGGAUCUAGUUUCGACGUUGCCAUCACUUCAUUCAACAGCUGGAGGACCAGGUAAUCGAGAUCUGUAUCCUUGAAACCACCCUUGAAUCCCUUCGCCAUCGGCGUCCGCAACGCCAACGUAAUGACAAUGUCAUCGGAGUUCUUUUGUGUUCUUCACGUCGUUAUCAUUAUUUAUAACCCAACCACUAUGAGAUAUUCCAAAGCUGGAAAAAGGUAGAAUGAAUCUCACAUCUUGUCAACAGCGCUCUGCCAGCCUGUCGGUGGCUUCAGCUGUGCUAGGACAGCCUGCAAUCUUUCGUUGGCCAUGUUAUGGUUUGUGCUUUUCUCUCGACUCACUCUCUCUUUUUUUUUUUUUUUUUUUAGUUCGUCAUGUUGUAUUGUCCAGUGGAUGAAUGGAGUAGAUAUGUCAAGUAUGUUAUAUUUGUAUCUAAUAGAAAUAAGCGCUUCGGUUUCCCCGCACCACCUCUUCUUGUAUUGGGUAUUUCAAGAUGAACCUCGGCAUUCCGGGCUGGAUGUUAGUGGGGAAACCUAGUUGGGUUUAGUCACUUGUCGGGAUUGGGUGUGGUUUCGGCUAAGAUCCUGAGGUCGGUUCGGGCACUAAUUUGGGCUUCUCGGCUAAUUAGUGCGUCAGGUUAUGUUGAAUACAUAAUCGAACCGGGGCACCACCUGUACAUAUAUAAUCUAAAAUAGACGGUAUUUCGGUAUGGGAAUUUUAUUUUCCUAUAUAUAGAAACAUAUAGCUACCGUACUUCCGAAUCGCUCCAUAAAAAUCCAAUAUAAACCAUGGGGUAUAAGAACAAAUUCGUAAGGUCGGAGUCCUCGUGAAACUGCUAGUUUCCAAACUGGAGUUUAGUCUGCCAGUCCCGGAAGAAGUGAGACAAUGGUCGUGUCUAAAGUAAUAAUAAAUGAGUGCGAAAAUCGUGAAAGCCGAUGGAAAAAGUGGGCCAAACGGAGCAUAUACGUGAAAUCAUAGAACAAAGCUGAGUCCCUAAAUUUGGAUGGUGUUGCAAUUCAAUCUUCCGUUGGACACGUGCUAUCUGGG